AGUGGGGUACAGUUGAUGGUUAUUUUUACUGUUAUGUUUACAUUUGUACUGUUUGCCAUAUCUUUUAUUAUUAAACAUACGUAAAUAAACUAAAGCGAAUAAAUACAUCUGAAUUUAAACAUUUGCACUGUGCUUAAUAACAUUUGCAAUUUAUGUUUAGCCAGGUUUACAUCAUUAAGAAUAGGUGUCUCAAAUGAUAUUUUAGUAGUCUACACAAAUAAAAGAAAUUUCAGCAUCUAUCUCCGGUGUCAUAGCGGACACUCGCAGCAUACCGUCAGCAGCUGACACGGCAACGGGACGCGCGUGCGCGAAAUUUCGGUUCCGUUGUUCUUCGAGUGAAAAGAGCAGAGGAUCACGCAAAUUCACAGACGGUAACCGCAGCGGAGUCGGUAUCGAAACACGCGCGAUGAGCGGUGGCGUGUACGGGGGAGAUGAAGUUGGAGCUUUGGUCUUUGAUAUCGGCUCUUUCUCCACUCGAGCAGGAUAUGCAGGGGAGGACUGUCCUAAGGCAGAUUUUCCCACUUCUAUAGGAGUGCACAUUGAGGAGGAGCCAUCUGAAAUGGGGGCGGAGCAAGAUACAAGCUGUGGGCGGAGCUAUUACAUAGACACCACAGCAUUGCAUGUGCCAAGAACGGCCGUAGAGCUCAUAUCUCCACUAAAGACUGGCAUGAUUGAGGAUUGGAACGCUUUUCAAGCCAUAAUCGACCACAUCUACAGCAAACACAUCAAAUCUGAUCCCAGUUUACACCCUGUCCUGAUGUCAGAAGCACCAUGGAACUCGCGAGCAAAAAGAGAGAAGUUAACCGAACUGAUAUUUGAGCAUUACAACAUUCCAGCCUUCUUCUUGUGCAAGACCGCAGUACUCACCGCAUUUGCCAAUGGGCGUGCCACAGGCCUCAUACUGGACAGCGGAGCGACACACACCACUGCCAUCCCAGUGCAUGAUGGGUACGUCCUGCAGCAAGGGAUUGUGAAGUCUCCUCUGGGGGGCGAUUUUAUCACCAUGCAGUGCCGUGAAUUAUUCCAGGAGAUGAACAUCGACACGGUUCCUCCGUACAUGAUCGCUUCAAAGGUACCAAAGUUCUCCUGCCGUUCCCCUGUCGAUCUCCUGUAUCUCUCUCACGUGUUGAGUCUCUGGUCUGUCUGUGUCUGUCAGGAACCUGUGAGAGAAGGUGCUCCUCCGGUCUGGAUAAAGAAAGACAAACUCCCUCCGGUCACAAAGUCCUGGCACACCUACAUGUGCAACGAGGUGAUUCAGGAUUUUCAGGCAUCUGUGCUGCAGGUGUCUGACUCACCGUAUGAUGAACAGGUGGCUGCUCAGAUGCCGACGCUUCACUACGAGAUGCCGAAUGGCUACAGUACAGAUUUUGGAGCAGAACGUUUACGGAUACCAGAGGGUCUCUUUGAUCCUUCCCACGUAAAGGGCCUGUCCGGAAACACGAUGCUGGGCGUCGGACACGUGGUCACGACAAGCAUUGGCAUGUGCGAUAUGGACAUCAGGCCGGGUUUGUACGGCAGCGUGAUUGUGACGGGUGGAAACACACUCCUACAGGGCUUCACAGAGAGACUCAACAGAGAACUGUCACAGAAAGCACCGCCCAGUAUGAGACUGAAGCUCAUUGCCUGUAACAGCUCCAUAGAGCGAAGAUUCAGCUCCUGGAUUGGAGGAUCUAUUCUAGCUUCACUGGGCACCUUCCAACAGAUGUGGAUCUCCAAACAGGAAUAUGAUGAAGGAGGAAAACAAAGUGUGGAGAGAAAAUGUCCCUGACACACAAAAAAACCCACACACGUGUCACACAGUGAAUGUUAUUGCUCUGUACAAACUGAAUGACUCUUACAGAUGUUCAUGAUGUACUUACAGCAAUCUAAUGUGUGUGACAUCAUCACUUUUCAUCUCUUCCGUGUACACAGAUGAAAAACUGAACUUGAGGUUGUUUAAAUAUGAUGCUGAUGUCAGGUCACAUUCCUUAAAACAUAGGAAAUGACAUUUUCUAAUAAGAGAAUUGAAUUUUAGGACAAUUAACAUUGCAUUGUGGUAUUAUUUUCAUGACAAUUCAACUAUAAUUUACUAUAAUUUCAUACAAAUAUCAUAUUUGCACUGCUGUCACUGUGUAAUAAAAAUUAAAAUGGAAAAAUAUGAA